ACCUUAUCUCUUUGCUAUAAAUAAGUAAAAGGGCCAAGUGAGAGUAGUUGAAUCUGGAAACUUACAAGCCCUUCAAAGUAAGUACCCUCCACACAAUGGCCUGUUCAUCGUCUCCACCAAGCUUUUGCAGAGUGAAAGGCCCGGCUUGCACUUGCAGGCAUAAGACAUCGAUCAUGUACCCAAGAGUGAUAUCGCGAAGCUUUAAAGACGAAGGGAAGGCAGCGAAUAUGGUGGACGCAAACUUGGACGUUCUAAGACAGCGGAUAGACGAAGUAAGGCAGAGGGAGAGACUGAAAGAUCAUCCCCGGGGCCACCAAAACGGCUGGAACUAUCAUCCUCAUGUCCAUGGCUACGACACUCAAAUAGUGAACAGGAAGAAGAAGAAGAAGAAGGCGAUGUUGGUGGAAGCAAUGGAGCUGGUGAUUCUAGCAAGUAGUUCCCUAGGGCUCGUCUUGCUUUGCGGUUCUUUAUGCAUGUGCCUUGUGUCGUUUCUAGUUCGUCUGAACUACUAGCGCUCUUGUGCAAGCUUAAGCUGCUGCUUCUUCUUCCUCUCUUUCUUCUUCUUCAAUGUAUUAUCAAGAAGAUUUUUGAUCUGGUAGAAGGAAAAGAGUCAAGGAACAAACUUUAUUAGGUGGCCAACACUUUCUGCA